UGAUCUAAGAGGCCCGUGGUGUUCGCACGUGGCUGGAGGGCCAGGCAGGGUGCCACCGCCCCGGGAGUCAAGCAUGAAUUCAGUCCUGACGAAAUACGGGUCUCCACCUCGAAGCUGGCUCAGCCUUCGGUCGGGAACUGACGACCAGAGCCCAGCCGAAGAGAAGGGACUGCGCUGUCAGAACCCCGCCUGCAUGGACAAGGGGCGGGCGGCCAAGGUAUGCCACCACGUGGACUGCCAGCAGCUGCAUCGGCGGGGGCCUCUCAACCUCUGCGAGGCCUGUGACAGCAAAUUCCACAGCACCAUGCAUUAUGACGGGCAUGUCCGCUUCGACCUGCCCCCGCAAGGCUCUGUCCUGGCCCGGAACGUGUCCACCCGGUCAUGCCCGCCACGUACCAGCCCUGCAGUGGACUUGGAGGAGGAGGAGGAAAGCUCCAUGGAUGGCAAAGGGGACCGGAAGAGCACAGGCCUGAAACUCUCCAAGAAGAAAGCAAGGAGGAGACACACAGAUGACCCGAGCAAGGAGUGUUUCACCCUGAAAUUUGACCUGAACGUGGACAUUGAGACGGAGAUCGUACCAGCCAUGAAGAAGAAGUCGCUGGGGGAGGUGCUGCUGCCUGUAUUUGAAAGGAAGGGCAUUGCGCUGGGCAAAGUGGAUAUCUACCUGGACCAGUCCAACACGCCUCUGUCCCUCACCUUCGAGGCCUACAGGUUUGGAGGCCACUACUUGCGGGUUAAAGCCAAGCCAGGGGACGAGGGGAAGGUGGAGCAGGGUGUGAAGGACUCCAAGUCCCUGAGUCUGCCAAUCCUGCGGCCGGCUGGGGCCGGGCCCCCGGUGCUGGAACGUGUGGACCCCCAGAGCCGCCGGGAGAGCCUCGACAUCUUGGCUCCCGGCCGCCGCCGCAAGAACAUGUCAGAAUUCCUGGGGGAGGCAAGCCUCCUCGGGCAGGAGCCCCCCACGCCCUCCAGCUGCUCUCUGCCCAGCAGCAGCAGUGGGGGCAGCGACAGCUGGAAGAACCGGGCAGCCAGUCGUUUCAGCGGCUUCUUCAGCUCAGGCCCCAGCAACAGCGCCUUUGGCAGGGAGGUGGAUAAGAUGGAGCAGCUGGAGGGUAAGCUGCACGCCUACGGCCUCUUCGGGCUGCCCAGGCUGCCUCGGAGGCUGCGCUUCGACCAGGACUCCUGGGAGGAGGAAGGGGACGAUGAGGACGAGGAUGAGGACAACCCCUGCCCGAGGCUGGAGGACAGCUGGCGAGAGCUCAUCGAUGGGCACGAGAAACUGACCCGGCGGCAGUGCCACCAGCAGGAGGCGGUGUGGGAGCUCCUGCACACGGAGGCUUCCUACAUCAGGAAACUGCGGGUGAUCACCAACCUGUUCCUGUGCUGCCUCCUGAACCUGCAAGAGUCGGGACUGCUGUGUGAGGUGGAGGCGGAGCGCCUGUUCAGCAACAUCCCGGAGAUCGCGCGGCUGCACCGCGAGCUGUGGGCCAGCGUGAUGGCGCCGGUGCUGGAGCGGGCACGCCGCACGCGGGCGCUGCUGCAGCCCGGGGACUUCCUCAAAGGCUUCAAGAUGUUCGGCUCCCUCUUCAGGCCCUACAUCCGAUACUGCAUGGAGGAGGAGGGCUGCAUGGAGUACAUGCGCGGCCUGCUGCGCGACAACGACCUGUUCCGGGCCUACGUCACGUGGGCCGAGAAGCACCAGCAGUGCCAGCGGCUGAAGCUGAGCGACAUGCUGGCCAAGCCCCACCAGCGGCUCACCAAGUACCCGCUGCUGCUCAAGUCGGUGCUGCGGAAGACGGACGAGCCGCGCGCCAAGGAGGCCGUCGUCACCAUGAUCAGCUCCGUGGAGCGCUUCAUCCACCACGUGAACACGUGCAUGCGACAGCGCCAGGAGCGCCAGCGGCUGGCGGCCGUGGUGAGCCGCGUCGACGCCUAUGAGGCGGUGGAGGGCAGCACCGACGAGGUGGACAAGCUCCUGAAGGAAUUUCUGCACCUGGACCUCACAGCACCUAUCCCUGGCGCCUCCCCUGAGGAGACACGACAGCUACUGCUGGAGGGGAGCCUGAGAAUGAAGGAAGGGAAGGACAGCAAGAUGGACGUGUACUGCUUCCUCUUCACGGAUUUGCUCUUGGUGACCAAGGCAGUGAAGAAGGCAGAGAGGACCAAGGUUAUCAGGCCACCGCUGUUGGUGGACAAGAUCGUGUGCCGGGAGCUGCGGGACCCUGGCUCCUUCCUCCUCAUCUACCUGAACGAGUUCCACAGUGCCGUGGGGGCCUACACAUUCCAGGCCAGUGGCCAGGCCUUGUGCCGUGGCUGGGUGGAGGCCAUUUACAACGCCCAGAACCAGCUGCAGCAGCUGCGCGCACAGGAGCACCCAGGCAGCCAGCUGCACCUGCAGAGCCUAGAGGAAGAGGAAGAAGAGGAGGAAGAGGAGGAAGGCGAGGAGAGCAGCACCUCUGCUGCCAGCUCCCCCACCAUCCUGCGCAAAAGCAGCAACAGCCUCGACUCCCAGCGCUGUGCCUCGGAUGGCUCCACAGAGACCCUGGCCAUGGUAGUGGUGGAGCCUGGGGAGACGCUGUCCUCCCCCGAAUUCGACGGCGGUCCCUUCAGCUCCCAGGCAGAUGAGACCUCUCUUGGCACCACUGGUUCAUCUGUCACACCCACCAGUGAGCUGCUGCCCCUGGGCCCUGUGGACAGCCGCUCCUGCUCCGUGGACUCCGCCUAUGGCACCCUGUCCCCAACCUCCCUGCAAGACUUCAUGGCCCCAGCCCCUGUGGUGGAGCCAGUGCCCCAGCCCCCAGAGUUACCACAAGCCCCUUCACCCCCACCCUCCCCUCGCCUCCGCCGCCGAAUCCCUGUGCAGCUGCUACCCCGCCUGCCCCACCUCCUCAAGUCCAAAUCUGAGGCCAGCCUUCUCCAGCUGCUGUCAGGGGCUGCCAUCCAUGGAGCUCCCCUGACCCCCAGCCGCAGCAUGUCAGAGCUCUGCCUGGCUGCUGUGGCCCCUGGCACUAGGACUCAGGGCUCCCCUCAGGAAGCUGGGCCUGGCUGGGAUUGCCGGGGAGCACCUACCCCUAGCAGUGGCCCUGAGCCCCCAGAGCCUGAGGACAGAAGCAGCUACUUGGCUGGGGAGCCUGCAGGCCCUGCCAGGAGGAGUGGCAGAGAGCUGCCCUCAGGUGCCUUGCCCAAGGUCCAGCCUGAGCUCCCCCCAGGGAUCUCUGCCCAGCACAGGAAGCUGACCCUGGCCCAGCUCUACCGAAUCAGGACCACCCUGCUACUUAACUCCACGCUCACUGCCUCGGAGGUCUGAGCAGAGGGAGGCCCCCAAGGGUGCCGUUGACCAAGGGACAAGCAGACAGCAUGCCUCCUGGGGUGUGCCAGCACCUGCUUCAGCUGCUGCCUUGUGUGUGCAUGAGCUGGAGUGCCUGCAGGACUCCUGCCUACGGCCCCCGGCCCAAUUUGCACUUUGCCAGACUGGAUGGAGUGAAGGAACCCAGGCCCAGGCUACAGUACCCUCCCCCACGCCCCAUACACCUGUCCAGGCAGUCCCUUGUGCCCUAGUCCCUAAAGUCACUAGCUCUAAACCUCUGGGCUGGGCUCCCAGGCUAUCCUUCCCACCUCCACCUUCAGCUGGCCUCACGUGGGCCACGCCCACGCCCACG